CUUUUCUGAAACUACCAGAGAAGCCUUUAAGCAGCUUUCUCCUGCUACCACAUCCUGAAAUAUCACAUAGCAGAAAGCUUGCUGGUGAGGGGGCCAAUGGAGACUGCUCUUGUGGGCGUUGCCACGGGGGUGAUAAAGCCGGUCCUGUCCAAGCUCACAGACAUGCUGGAGAAAGAGUGUGCCAGGCUCAAAAGUGUGAACCGUAACACCCAAUUCUUAAGAGGUGAGAUGCGCAGCAUGAGUGCCACCCUCCAAAUAAUCGCAGAUUCAGAGGAGCUUGACCGCGAAGUGAUAAUCUGGAGGGAUGAUGUCCGUGAGCUGUCCUUUGAUAUGGAGGAUUGCAUCGAUGACAUCAUGGCUCGUGUUGACCAAACGCGUGAGAGCUCUACGGGCCUGGACAAGUUCUUUGAAAAGAUGAAUACGUGGACGAAGCUAAAGGGUCAGCAUAAGAUGGCAAACAUGCUUGAAGAGCUCAAGGCCCGUGCAAUUGAGGCAAGCGAGAAGCACAAGAGGUACAAUUUUGCCCCGCCAACACAUCAUUCUGGCCAGUCGGCCAUUGACCCCAGGCUGCAAGCGCUUUUCGUGGAGGUUGAUAAACUUGUCGGCAUGGAUGGUCCCAAGGAGCAUAUCGUUAGGCAGUUAACAAGAGAGAGGGUGGUGGGUUCUUCUGGACAGCUUCAAGUGGUGUCAAUUGUUGGUGCUGGAGGGCUUGGUAAGACUACUCUUGCAAACCAAGUCUAUCAUACCAUUAAAAGCCAAUUUCCACAUGCAGCUUUUGUGUCAAUAUCUUGUAACCCUGAUAUAAAAAAGAUUUUGAGAGACAUUGCCAAAGGAGUGGGGAUCAGUGAAAAAACACCGGACGAUGAUGUGGAGAAUCUCAUUCAUAGACUCAGGGAGCACCUUCAAGAUAAAAGGUACUUUAUUGUAAUUGAUGAUUUAUGGGACACGGAAGCAUGGAAAAUUAUUAGGCUUGGAUUGGUAAAUAAUGAUCAUGGGAGCAAAAUUAUCACUACAACACGUAACAUUGCAGUUGCAUCGUGUUGUUGUUCACAACAGGGUCAUAUUUAUGAAAUGAAACCCCUUAGUUUUGAUGACUCCAAAAGGUUGUUUUUCACAAGAGCAUUUGGUUCUGACGAUUUAUGCUAUCCCCAUCUGGCAGAAGUAUCGAAACAGAUAUUGGAAAAAUGUGCUGGUCUACCAUUGGCUAUUAUUACCUUGUCUAGUUUGUUGGCUGAUGAGCAUGCAGAAGAUAAAUGGAACAGGGUGCUAGCUAUUAUUGGUUCUGCACUUGCAAAGGAUCCUGGUGCUGAUAAGAUGACAAAGAUAUUAUCUCUGAGCUACUUUGAUCUUCCUCACCAUCUGAGAACUUGUUUCUUGUACUUAAGUUUAUACCCUGAAGAUUAUCAAAUCAACAAGCAAUCUCUGAUAAAUAAAUGGAUCGCCGAAGGAUUCAUUCAUGAAAUACAAGGUUGGAGCAAACAUGAAUUAGGGGAAACUUAUUUUAAUGAUCUCAUAAACAGAAGCUUGAUCCAGCCGAUUAAUGUAAAGUAUGGCCAAACGAAGGCAUGUCGAGUUCACGACAUCAUUCUUGAUUUCAUCAAAUGCAAGGCUGCUCAAGAGAAUUUCGUGACUUCAUUUGAUGAUGUAGAGCAUAGGGACACUUCAGGUCACAGGCUGGUUCGCAGGCUUUCUGUUAAUAGUCUCAAGAAUGGAAAGGUUGCAUUAUUGAUAAGCCCGAUUCUCUCUCAUGUCCGCUCACUUGCUGUUUUUGGGGAUCUCGUGCAAUAUUCUUUGCGGUCUUUCCCAGCUCUCCGUAUGUUGGACUUGGCAGAAUGUAGUGAGUUAGAAAACCGCCAUCUUACAAAUAUUGGUAAGCUGUUUCUUCUGAAGUACUUGCGUAUAGGACAGUGUCAAAUAACUGAGCUCCCAAAAGAAAUAGGAGAACUGAGGUAUUUAGAAACACUCGACAUAAGUGGUACACGGAUUUACAAACUUCCAUCAACUUUUACAAAUCUUAAACGGUUGGUCCGUCUGUAUGCUCCUCGGUAUUCUAGUUUUCCAUAUGGAGUAAUUGGACAGAUGCAGAACCUAGAAGAGCUAGAGGACUUGGGUGUGAACAAACCAAUGGUAUCUGGUGUCUUCUCUGAACUAGAGAAGUCUCUGCAAGAAUUUGGUCAGCUAACCAAGUUGAGAACAUUGGGAGUACAUUUCCACUUCUAUAGUUUACAUCUACCCAAGUCGGGCACCCAAGGAGUUGAGGGCCUUGAAAGAUAUGUGGGAGCUCUGAUAGCUUCAUGCAAAGUUCAUCAUCUAUAUUUCAACUAUGAAUAUGAUGGUCUUUGGUACCCUCACCCAUUGUCACUGGAACCAUGGUGCUCCACUACUCCUUGUAGCCUCAGGAAGCUCCACAUUACACACUGUUUCCUUGACAAGGUUCCAAAAUGGAUGAGUGAGCUUGGAAAUCUGAGGGAAUUAAACCUCUGUAUCCUCAUUAUGAAGCCAAAAGAUGUUGCGGUCCUUGGAGCGAUGCCCACCUUGGUUUUUCUCGAGCUAGAGACUUUCUAUGGCGCUAGCAGAAGGAUCUUCUUCAUCCAUGGUGGUUUCAGAAGUUUGAAAUACUUGAAGCUGAUAAUAUCUCGUUGUGGGACGGCAGUUGAGUUUGGAGCACGAUCGAUGCCAAAGCUCGAGCACCUCAAGCUUUACUUAAAGGUGCAUAAGAGGGAGUGCGUGAAUGGUGCUUUUGAUUUUGGCAUCCAGCACCUCUCAGCCCUCACCAAGAUUGACAUCAGCAUUUUUGGCAGGCACAAUUUUCAUGUAAAAAAACGUAUUGAAACUGCCAUCAUGACACUUAACCGACGACCCACUCUCUCAUUUGAGCAUACAUACAGAGGACGUUCACAGUGUGAACAUUUUGAAGAGUUUGUGAACUCUUACGGUGCAAUCUAUGGAGUACCGACCGAGAUGAUUCGAAGCUUCCAUGCUGAACAGGACAAAGUCUGAGGGGGAUAGUAAGGACAAGGUCGAUGAAGCGGCCGGGUGGAUAGCUAGCAGCAGCAACAACAAUUAGAACACCGAUUAUGCUUCUGUGCUGCCUGGGCGUGUUCAGAAACUGGAGGGAGUUGCUGCAUGCCUACGAGACAAACUGUUACUCCCUCUGAUCCAUAAAAAGUGUCGUCCAUUUUGUACUAAGUUAGUACAAAUUUUGUACUAAGUGGACGACACUUUUUAUUGAUCUCAGGGAGUAUUAGUCUACGUUAAAGUUGCUUUUGGUUUUAUAUGCUGCUCUCUACUCUGGUUGCUGUUAAAAUUUGCUUAAUUUCCCUGUAACUAUGAUCAACUAGCGUUAUGCUGUACCGGACCUAGCCUUUGUGCUUGCAAACUCCUUGAGUUUGAGUUCAAGCAGUCGUCCUUGCAGCAGCUAGUUGCAAGCGAGUCUGCGGUUGUCAUCUGCUUCUGUGUUGUUAGGGAUGGGAACGGGCCAGGCGUACCCAUUGGGUCACUGGGCUGACCCCGAA